GGGUUUCUCCUUCGCCAGAAGGGCAAAAAGAGGGAAAAGAAAAAAGAAAAAAAAUAUUUUUUAAAAAAAAAGUAAGAAGAAAAAAGAAUGGAAAAAAGGGUUUGUCGAGUCGAGUGAAAAAAAAAAAGGAAGAGAAUGUGAAAUCCACUUCCGAUUUCGCUAAUCCGUUGUUUUUCAUAUUGGCUAUCCCCUCCCUUCCGAGAAUAGUAAUUUCCGUCUUCUUCUAUAUUCUCGGUGAUUUUUCAGUGUAAUUGAGGGAGUUGGUGCCUCCUCUAGAUUCUGUUUCAAAAGCUUUGUUUUGCACAGAGAAGCCAUGAAUUUGGGGGAUCCAUCAAUGGCAUUACUGGCUGCAAGUGCUGGAGAUACUGUCAAACUUUUUGAUGUUUCUGUUCAUUCCAACGAUCUGGGCGAUCCCUGCACUUUGAGCUACACUCCUUCCCCGGGUUUCCAAGUUAAUUCAGUGAAAUGGAAUCAUACCAAUUUGGUAGUGGCCAGUGCUGGAGAUGAUAAGAAGAUCUCCUUGUGGCGUAAGAAUGGUCAGAGCAUGGGAACCAUUCCAAUUGCUGGUACUGAUAGUGGAGAUAACAUAGAGGAAUCUAUAUUUUCUAUAAGUUUCAGCAACAAGGUAUCCAGGUACAUGUGUACUGGAGGGAGUGGUCAUGUUGUUAGAAUAUGGGAUUUGCAAAGAAAACGAUGUAUAAAAUGGUUAAGAGGACAUACCAAUACUAUCACAGGAGCUAUGUACAAUUGCAAAGAUGAGCACCUUGCUUCAAUCAGUCUUAGUGGGGAUCUUAUACUUCACAAUCUUGCAUCAGGUGCUAGGGCUGCUGAACUUAAAGAUCCCAAUGAACAGGUAUUGAGGGUGCUUGACUAUUCUCGUACUAGCAGACACCUUUUGGUGACUGCAGGUGAUGAUGGAACCGUACAUCUCUGGGAUACAACUGGACGCAACCCUAAGGUUUCUUGGCAGAAACAACAUUCUGCACCAGCUGCUGGUAUUGGCUUCUCACCAUCUAAUGAUAAGACUUUGGCUAGCGUUGGGCUGGAUAAGAAGUUGUACACUUACGACUCAGGAUCAAGGAGACCAUCUUCUUUCGUUGCUUAUGAGGCACCCUUCUCAUCAAUGGCUUUCAGAGAUGAUGGUUUGAUACUUGCUGCUGGAACAAGCAAUGGACGUGUGGUUUUCUAUGAUGUCCGUGGGAAACCAGAGCCUUACAUUGUUCUUCGUGCUUAUACUAGUUCAGAGGCAGUUACAAGUUUAUCGUGGCAGAGGUUAAAACCUGUAAUUGUAAAUGAAGGCAAUUGCACCGCUGAGGUUGCUCUUUUGGGAGGUGCCAUUGAAGAUUCAAUUCUCAUGCCUGACCCACUUCCAUCUGUGACUACAUCAACUGUUCCUCUGUCUACAACAAUAUCCAGUUCUCGGAAUCCUGGCCGUUCAGGUCCGACUUUUGAAGCUUCACUGACCGAAACUUCCAGCACAUUCUCAACUGCAGAGGAAACACCACUUCGCAGCCAUUUGCGACCUGGGGGAAGCUUAGCCUUAGCCAGAUUACAUCCUCCUCGCUCCAGUUACAACUUCAAGGAUGAUAUGGAGGUUUUUUCUCCUCUUGUGGAUGUUCAGCCAAUCACACCGUCACUGGAUAAGCUGUGGGAUGAUCCAAAUGGACCGAAGAAGGAUAAUCCAUUUGACAAGAAGCCUCUAUCUAUGUUGUUUCCUUCGUCGAGUAGGAGGUUCUCUUCUAUUGAGGAUGGGGCAAGUGAUCAUCCAAUAUAUCAUUGGAAAUCUUCAUCUUCCAAACAGGAUGAUUCCCGAUCUUCUUCAGGACAGUUGGGCUCUACUCCUGCUCCAGCUCUAAAUUCUAAGAAUGAAGACUCAUCCAUUACUCCUCCGGAAGCUUGGGGUGGGGAGAAAUUAUCUGAAAAAUUUGCCCAACUGAGGCAGCCAAUGACUUUGCCAUCACGUUUUGGGAUGUUGGCUUCAAGUUCAAGUAGUCAGACAUCAAGUUCAAUGAUUUCUGGAUUACAAGAUCCGUCCUCAUCAGUUAGCCAAAGCAGCAUCACUUCCUUGACUAAUUUGAAUUUCAGCUACCCAAAUCUGCGCAUAAAGGAUGUUACCUCGCAGGAUGUUUCAUUGUCAAUUCCUGAACACUUAUCUAGUACUGCUUCAUCUUUGUCUCUUGGUACUAGAGUAAACAUUGGAUUGAGCAACACAGAUUCACCUAGGGCCACAGCUAUGACCUUGCCUCGUAGAUUUUCUACAUAUGCGGAGAGGUUAAGCACCACUUCAUCUUUCAGUGAUGGCCUUCCAAUGGGCUCACCGAAAACAAAGAAAAUGGGUUCUGAGACUAGGGAAGAGGUUUUGAAUAACUUAUCAAAGUUUGAUACAUUGUCUGUCACGGAAGCUGGGAUUCCUCCAUCAAUGAAUGGAGGAUCGUUGCAACCACAAAAGGCAUUGCAGUCAGAUGCCCAGCAAGGCAAUUCGUUUACACUUCAGCUUUUUCAACGCACUUUGGAAGAAACUCUGGACUCCUUUCAGAGAUCAAUACAUGACGACAUGAGGAACCUUCAUUUAGAGAUUCUGAGACAGUUUCAUAUGCAGGAGAUGGAAAUGUCAAGUGUGAUGAGUUCCAUUUUGGAAAAUCAAGCUGAGCUGAUAAAAGAGGUCAAGUCUCUAAGGAAAGAAAACCAGCAGCUUCGAGAUUUGCUUGGAUCGUAGGAGUUCUAGUCGUUUAUAAUUGGGAUUUGUCUUUCUUUCAGCGUGCACUUGGCCAUUUUGUGUUGCUCCCUGCGCAGGUGGAUGGUUUUCUUUCUUUCUUUUUUUUUUUUUUGAACGUGUACAGAAAUAUGAUUAUCAGUUCAUCAAAGGAAUAUUGUAUUUCUUGGUCUAUAUAACCCCUGAGUGUAUUCAUUUAGCAGAGAUAGUAGAUGCAUCUCUGUGAGUUUUUUUUUUUUUUUUGGGUGCGGUUCAAGUUUCCUUUUUGUCAUCCCCAUCCACUCCACCACUGAAAUAUGAAAAUUUACUAAUUGGAUGUGUGCAACAGAUCUGAACAUUCUCAUUGAGUAUAAUCAUAACAUGAAUAUGUCAUCUUGCUUCCAA